AUGGAUCUGCCGCAACAGAGACCGCAUCAUGACAUCGCAGCACUGUUCGCGGAGGCACAACCGGAUUUUCUGCGAGUAAGCGCGCCAAUGGUGCGCUACAGUAAGCUGGAAUUCCGGAGACUCGUUCGCCUAAAUGGAGUACAACUCGCCUUCACGCCGAUGAUGAUCUCGGACUCCAUCAACAACAGCGAGAAGGCCCGCCAGAACGAGUUCUCCACGGGGGCCGAUGACCAGCCGGUGAUCGCCCAGUUCGCUGCGAAGGAUCCCACGGAAUUUGCGACCUCCGCCCAGCUGAUUUAUCCGUAUGUGGACGGCAUCGAUUUGAAUUGCGGAUGCCCGCAGAGUUGGGCCAUAACCAAGGGCUAUGGAUGCGGGUUGCUGCGCCAGCCGGAGCAGGUGCGCCAGGUGGUCCAGCAGGUGAGAAGCACCCUGCCCGCCGACUUCAGUGUCUCGGUGAAGAUGCGUCUGCUGGGUGGAGAUGAGUCCCUGCAGCGCACCAUCGACCUGGCUCGCCAGUUGGAGCAUGCAGGCGUCACCUUCCUCACGCUCCACGGCCGGACGCCAGCACAGAAGCACUCGAAGGACACCCUGGACAUUCCAGCCAUGUCCGAGGUACGCCAAUCCCUGCAGAUCCCGCUGAUAGUCAACGGAAAUGUGGAGAGCUACAGGGAUGCCUGCGACCUGCAUGAGCAGACGGGCGCCGCCGGUGUGAUGGCUGCCCGUGGUCUGCUCGACAAUCCGGCACUGUUCAAUAGCUCCUAUCCGGAGGGCAGGACGACGCCCUUGUCCUGUGUGCAACAGUGGCUGGACAUAGCGGCUGCUGCCGGGGACAACCUGCUGUUUCAGUGCUUUCACCACCAUCUAACCUUCAUGUGGAGCGCUCAAAUGAAGCGGGACCUUCGGGUACAGUUUAAUAAUUUGGCAACCAAAGAGCAGGUGGUGGACUUCCUCAGGGAACACUAUAAUCUGAACUACGGUGGGGAUGAUCCCACGCCUGCUGACUAUACCGAUUGCACGUACACCCACUUCACGCCGCCCAAACACGCACGGCACAUAGCCGCCGAGUCGGAUGAGCAAGCCUGGAGUGCGAAGAGCGAUGGCAAGUUCUUCACGGAAUUCCGGGCGCAUCAGUUGACCGGAACUGGUGGCGAAGAUUUGGAACUGGGCGGACUCUUUGGCGACGAGGAGUGAAUGGUUGUUUGACUCUAUUCUUAGCUGUGUAGGUAUAAAGGUUGUACAAAUAAAAAAUAUAUUAAGAUGUUUUCCCAUUCUUAA